AUGCUGGUACCUCCCUCAGUGGCCAGUAUCAAUAACCACCACCACCACCAAAACAUGCCAUCGCUGACCAGUCUGCCUCCUGAGCUACGCGCAGUCAUCUAUACCUAUCUGCUAGAAGAUGGUCUCGCGAGCGGCAAGCGCAUUGUCUACUGCCACGACGAUGACCAAUAUGACGACCUUGAGUUCUCGCCUGUCAACCAACACUCUGAAGAUCAGGACAACGCCCAGCCAGAGAGCAAUGUUGUAGGAUGGACCCGUUCAAAAAUGGAUUAUGAAAGAAACCACCAGGCUCGCAUCACCUCUCUCAUUGAUGUGCGCUACACAUAUGGUCCCGAUGUGCUCAACGGAGCCAUUCACCAUGCCAAUAUUGACGACCUGCUCGCCCUUGCAAGCACUUGCCGUCGCAUGCGCACCGAAAUCAUUCCCAUUGCCUGGUCCCACGCCGAAAUCACAUUCUACACACCUGACAGCCACUUCAAAGACGACAUCUUCCACAUCUUCGGUCAAAUCCUUUCAAGCGACACUUGUGCAAUGAUCCACAACCUGCACAUCGACAUUGGCACGCGCUACUGGUCAGCUUCAGACGUGAGCGAGACUGCAUAUUUCAUCAUGAAACAUCUGCCAAAUCUAAAAGACCUUUACGUCUCUGUCGCUUGCGAAGAUACUGAGAGCGAUGUACCCGAGUUUUACUACGGCCUGGGCGCGCUCACUUCUUUGCCUUGCCAGAUCAUGGUAGAGGUCAACAUCUACAUGCAUCCAUCGGCUGCCAAACUAUUUGAGCAAACAGACGUCCAACUCAUCGGCACUGAUGACACUGUCACGAUCUACCAGGUUGAAGACUGGGAGAAAGUCAUCAGUCUGAAAACCAUGUUCCAUCUCGAGUGUGCGCGCCAUGAGACACAAUUUGCCAGAGCUCUUCGAGCCCAGAACGAAGAGCGCCACCUUGAUGGUUCCCUUCUUGAAGAUACUUUGAGAUUGCGCUCGGGCAUGGCUGGCUGGCCUAUUGUUGCUGGUCGCACUAUCCCGAAAGAGAGAUGGGAGGUGCGUCGUGAGGGAUCUUGGCGCAAUGGCUGGAAGGUUAAGGAAGGCGUCCCGGACACAAUCAUAGGCGAGAAAGAGCGCUAUCUGGGUCCAUGGUCCGAAAAGAAAUUCAGAAAAAUGAGCUAG